AUGGCUGCCAAGAACUUGCAAGUCGGCUGGUAUGGCCUUGGAUCUAUGGGAAAGCCCAUGGCAGAGAACCUCCAAAAGUACUUGGCGAAGAACAACCAAUCGCUCAUUUUCAACAACCGCACAAUGGCUUCGGGCGAUGACUUGAAGAGUCUUGGCGCAAGCCCGGCGUCGAGUUUCGGCGAGUUGGUGCAGAAGAGCGAUGUCGUUUUCACAAUGGUCAACAACGAUGAUACACUUAAAAGCCUUUUGAAACAAGCCUACGACACCAAGGACCUCUCCGGCAAGAUCUUCGUCGAUUGCUCAACCGUGCACCCUGAUACCACGAAAGCCGUUACUGAGGAGAUCAAGAAGCACAAGGCAACUUUCCUUGCAGCACCCCAAUUCGGUGGUCCUGCCAUCGCCGCACCUGGAAAACUGGUUGUCGCAAUUGGUGGACCUUCGGAAGCUGUUGAGACCGUAAAGCCCUACUUCCAGGAUGUGAUGGCCAGAAAAUUUAUCGUGUGCAAGGAGGAGCCGCAAAGUGCUUCUAUGCUGAAAAUUGCUGGCAACAUCAUCACAGUAAAUCUCAUGGAAGCAGUCAGCGAAGCCCAAGUUUUCGCCGAACAAACCGGCAUCGGCAGCGGUCCCAUGGAAGAGCUCAUCACCGAAGGCUUCGGUCCCGUUGCUGGCGGCUACUCAGGCCGCAUGACCAGCGGCAACUACGCACCACCUCUCGACAAGCGUCCUGGCUUUGGUGUCUCGCUAUCAAUCAAGGAUGCCGACUAUGCCAUGGCUAUUGCCAAGGAAAAGGGUGUCAAGUUGCCAGCAACUGAGGUAGCGAAUAAGAACAUGAAGGCUGCGAGGGAGGAGCACGGUGAGGUUUUGGAUUGUGCAGCUAUGUAUGGAACGUUGAGGAAGGAGGCUGGACUUAACUUCUUCAAUGAGAAGAGCAGGCAGAGUGAUGAGUAA